UGGAUGUAACCGUUUGGUACGAGACUAUCCCUCACAAAGCCCGUGUUCUCCUUACUCAAAAAUGGUUCUUUUCUUCACAUCGACCGCUUACGACCCACCGGUGACGAUCUACAUGGGCAAAGACAAGGUGGAAAACGAAGACCUAAUAAAAUACGCCUGGCCGCAAGACGUCUGGUUCCACGUCGACAAACUCUCCUCCGCACACGUCUACGUGCGCCUGCCCGAGUCUAUACCCUCAUGGGAGGCGAUCCCCGAGCCGCUGUUGAAUGAGUGUGCGCAGUUGGUUAAGGCGAAUAGUAUUGAGGGGAAUAAGAAGGAUAACCUGACGAUCAUCUACACGCCGGGAAGCAACCUCAAGAAAACAGGGGACAUGGCCGUCGGACAGGUUUCUUUCCAUAACGAUAAAAAGGUCAAACGGGUCCACGUCCCAAAACGCGAAAACCCCAUAAUCAACCGCCUGAACAAGACGAAAGUCGAAAGACAGGUAGAUCAUGAGCAGGAGAGGCAGGAUCGGAUACGGAGGGAGAACGCGGCGAAGAGGGCUGCUGCUGCUGCGAAGAAAAAAGCAGACGCAGACCUCGCCGAACAGCGUAAAGCAGAGAAAGCAGCGCGCUCCUACGAUACGCUCUUCUCUAACGACGACGGGGACGGCGAUGAUGCCGAAGACGACGAUUUUGAGUAUGGAGGGGGAGGGGCGGGAGGGAAGGAGAAGUCGAAGUAUGCGAAUGUAAGGGAGAUGGAGGAGGAUUUUAUGUGAGCGUGUGAGAGUGUGAGGGUGUGAUAUGUUUCGAGUAGUUUGUGAUUGAGGGAUUUUGGGUGUAUGGGUUGGGUGCAUGGUUUUUGGAUUUUCGAGGUCGACGAUGAUGACUUGCUGUAGUCUGCGUGUCUUGAAAGUGGGUGUAUAGUGGGCCACAACUCUCAAUCAAAUCAAAUGACGAUAUUC